GGAAGGAAGCAGUGAGGGUGUCACCAAAAGGGCAACAAAUCAAGGAUGAAAACAAUGGCCGGCAAGAGAAAGUUGGGAUAUAUUUGAGACGAGGAGUUUCAAGAGGUCUCGUCCAUCCGGCGUGUGUUCCGUCAUGGUGGACCUAUUCCUCAACCGAGUUCUGGUGGAGAACAAUUGGGACCAGGAUGAGCUCAACACGGAGCGGGAAAUCAGCGGGAUUCUGGAGAACCGCAUCGUUCUGCUGCUCUUUGCCAGCGCCGAGUGUGACAGGUGCUGGGAGUUUGUGCCUGUUCUGAACGACUUCUUCAAGCGCUUGAAAGACCCAGCUUACAUUGAAUACCCCCGACUGCUGGCACUCAUCCAUGUCAGCUUGGACCAAUCAGAGGAGCAGCAGGGGAAAUUUCUCAAAGAGAUGCACAAGAAGGUUCUGUUUUUGGCCUUUGAGGACCCGUACAGGAAAGAACUCCAGGCCAUGUUUAAGGUGAAAGAGGUCCCCACUGUGGUGGUCCUUCGCCCCGACGGCUCGGUCCUGUCCCCGAAUGCCGUGCAGGACAUUUGUCGCUCCGGCUGCCAGUGUUUCCGCGACUGGGAGGAGUCGUCGGAGCUGAUCGAGAGAAGCUUCAUGCUGAACGAGGAGUUCGACAACCUGAAUAUGCGCACCGCCAGCGACCCGGUGAGGAGGCUGAAAUAUAAGACGGAGGACGACAAGAGGAAAAAGAGAUGGUGGAGGCUAUGAGGGCAAGAGGGAAAGCUGGCAAGACAAAGAAAGAGCAAGCGAGAAAGGAGGGAUGUAAAGGAGGAGAGGAGUAAACCUGUACGAGGUGUGUCAGAAAAGUUCCAGGAUCAUGUCUAAGAUCAGACGGCGUUUGCUUUUAUUCAAUCAGAAUCAGAAGCAGAAGUACUUUAAUAAUCCCCGAGGGGAAAUUACGAUUUUCAGCACAAUUCCAUUCAAGAGCAGACAAACAUUACAGGGAGACAGAACAGGAUCGCUUGUAACCAACGCACCCAAGUUCUCCGGGUGUCGCUGCCACUACACGAAUGAAGAAAUCACGGGUGGUACCUGAUAUUCAGCUGGGACCGACUAAAACAGUAAAUAAACACAGGACAUAUAUAACUAUUAGCCACAACACGAUCAGGCUUAUAUUUAAUAUGCCACGAAUUAAUCCCGCAUAACAAACAUCUCCCCCCUCCCGUCCAAAUCAAAAACCUGCACAACACACUCAAUCCCACAGCCCAAAGUGCCGUUCACCUGCCCAAAGUUAAUACAGCACAUUUAUCCCCCCAAAGUCCCCAAAGUUACGUACGUGACAUGCACAUAGCGGCACGCACGUACGGGCAAGCGAUUAAAUGUUUGGAAGCCGCAGCGUAAUCACGG